AUGGACGACAAUCGAAUAUUGACAAAUGUUGUUUUCUCAGUUAGAGAUCCAGCUCCUGAACAUAUAAUAAAAGCCAUAGCUCGUAAAGUAUUAUCAAAAAGGCGAACAAGUAACAAUAAUCAUAACAAUCAUAAUAAUAACAACAUUAAUAAUAAUAAUAAUAAUGCUGGAGGUCAUGAUCAUAAUCAUCAUCAUAGAUUAAUAAAUGGGCAUUCAAAUAAUAAUAAUGUUAAUGACAAUAAUGAUAAUAAAAAUGAAAGAGGACAUUUAUCAUCAGAAGAAGAAGAAGGUGAAUAUGUUAGUAGUAAUAAUAAUGAACAUGAUGAUGAUAAAGGAUCUUUGUUGAAUGAUGAUAACAGUGGGGAUAAUGAUAAUUUAAAUGAAGUUAUAAUGGAUGAUGAAGAUAGUUCUUUAUCGAUUUCUAAUAAUGAUAAUAUUUCUAAUGAAGAAGAAGAUUUAAUUGAAGUAUUAUCAUCAUCUUUUAAUAAAAAUAAUAAAAAUAUGAGUAAUAAUAAUAACAAUAAUAGUAAUAGUGUUAAUAAUGCUAAUAGUAAUAAUAAUUUUAGUAAUAGUAUGACUGAUAGUAGCAAGGAUAUUGAUAAUGAGAUGGAAGACCCUAGAAAUCAAGAAAAUAAAAAAUCAGAUGAAAAUGUUGACAAGUUUAAUAAACCAGUUACUACAACAAUUAAAGAUCACAAUGGAAAAGAUUCAAUAAUAAUACUGAACGAAGAAAACAAUAAUAAUGAUGAUGAUGAUGAAGGGAAAAGGUCUACAUUAAAAAACAACAAUAUCAAUAAUAAUAAUGAUGAAUUAAAAAAAGAUGGGGAAAUAAUACCUUUUCAAAGUCAAAUAUAUAUUGGUAAUAGACGUUAUAAAGAACAAUCUUCACCGCCUUUGGGACCGUCUUUUAAUAAAAGAGUUCGCGGUUUAUCAACAUCGAAUGGAAUGUAUUAUGAUUCAGGAAGAACAAGAGAUGAUCAAUAUUCUUAUUAUCAUAGAAAUGACUACCAUCCUGUUCCUCCCCCUUAUAUAGAUCAUCAUAUUCCAUAUGGAAGAGGAUUAUUAAAUAAUAAUAAUAAUAUGUCAAGGCGAUCUUCUAAUGCACCACCACCUUUACAAUCCGGAAGAUCAACAAUCCCACGUCCAUCAGAUAGAUUACGUAAUAGAUAUUAA